GGCAGGAUCAUAAAUCCCAGAAGAGAGGGUCUUUAUUACUUAGCAUGAGCAAGGCUCAAGGGUCGACAACGCUUUGGAACUACUUUUCCCGGCAUUCUCCGCGUGUCAGACGGAAGCGAGGUGUACUCCCUACUAGUAGCGAGAUGCCUGGUAUCCCGUUCCUACCGUUUUCCAUCCUCCAGGGAAUUCUAGGAGUCCUCUGCGUGGGGCUCACAGGGUUUUGGGGCCAGCACUGGCUUGGUGGUUUUGCCUGGGAUGGUUCUUCUGAGAUGUUCAACUGGCACCCGGUUCUCAUGGUGACAGGCAUGUUGGUCUUGUAUGGCUCAGCUGCACUGGUAUAUCGUGUACCCUUUUCCUGGGAGAGGCCCAAGCUUCCCUGGAAGCUGCUCCAUGCGGCACUGACUUUAGUAGCAUUUAUCCUAGUCAUACUGGGGCUGGUUGCUGUCUUUGAGUUUCACAACAAGAAGAAGAUUCCCAACAUGUACUCACUGCACAGCUGGCUGGGGCUAACAGCUGUAUUGCUCUUCUCCUGCCAGUGGAUAAUGGGAUUUGCUUCUUUCCUGCUACCUUGGGCUCCCAUCUGGCUACGAGCCCUCUACAAGCCCAUCCAUGUUUUCUUUGGUUCUGCCAUCCUUUCUUUAGUUCUGGCGGCCUGUAUCUCUGGCAUCAAUGAGAAGCUCUUCUUCAGAUUAACAAAUUCAACAACACCAUAUUCAAAGCUCCCUGCAGAGGCCUGGUUUGCUAACUUCCUGGGAAUGCUGAUCCUGAUUUAUGGGCUCUUGGUGUUAUGGGCUCUUGCUUUGCCUGCCUGGAAGCGUCCAGAUGUAAAUUCACAAGACAUCCAAGAGCCCUUGCUUCAGGAAGCCAGAUGAAGCUGAACUACUAAGGCACUAUAACCCAUACAUGUGAAAUAGUCAGGUCUCCACAAGAUCUGCAGCCAUUUGCUGUCUUCUCACUGUGUCAUUAAUGGAAUUGGUGUGGUAAAAAAAAAUUCUGGCAAGAAGCCUUCUUGUCUGUCCUUUUGAAUCUAUUUGAUAACUCGGCUUCUUUGCUGGCUUGAAGUGCUCUUCCUGUGAAUCUACUGGACAUUGUCUUCUCUGAACCACUUGUUCUUUACUCACUAUUGUGCCAUUGUAUUUGUGAUGUUGCUAAAAGUAUGUACACUUUUAAAAUUUUUGUAGCUCACUAGAAAUCAAAAUUAUCAACUAAAAUAAGCAGUUGUAACUGUUCUGGUGUCGGCUCUACUUGUACAAUAGCAUAUUGUUCCUGACGCUUCACUGUAGCAGCACCAGACCCCAUAAAACAAAGCAUGAGCAGUCUUACUGUUGAAGUGUAACCAACUUCCCUUUUAUAGUUUCUGCUGCAGCUACCAUCUGUUCAAAUCUAGCCAUCUUUCAAUAUUGCUUUGCUGGGUCACAGCAGCUUGCUUUUGGUGAGGUAUGUGGCUGCUUAAGACCAGUUCUAUAAAUAUAAUUCUAUUAGCACUUGAUAGAGACAUAAGUUAGUAGCUUUUAAAACUAGCAUUAGAAGGGAAAGAUGGGACACUAAAAAACCAGGGUUUGUUUUUUUUUAAAAGAAACUCCUUUAAUUCAGUAUUUUCAUUUUUUAAAAAUUGGAAACACAUGGCUGGGUUUAACUGUUCUCUACAUCCAACUGGGAUGAAACUCUCUAGGAUAGCAUCUUCCACCCAAGGUAUUUUCUCUGCCAAAUAUCAGAUAGAAGAUUCUCAUUUUAUAAGCAAUUAAAAUUCUGCAGACCAGAACUGGGUGUGCAACAACACUGCUGUGUGUUUUUUGGGACCCUGACAGGUAAAGGUAAACGUAUUUUUCCUUACCCAAGAAAGUUUAUGGGUAACUAAAUCUUCCUUCUUGGGUCCUCCAUCUUUCCCUAGUCUACCCUAAUUAUGUCAGUAAGUUUUCUUCCAGUCUUCCAGUGUUGUACUGGAAAAAAUGUGCUUCAAACAGUACAAUGCAGGCAAAGGGUUUAGGCUUGUAUUAGCUACUAUUUCCCUUUUUUGUAAAACAGAAAAAAUCCACCAUACCCCUCUUUACAUGCAAACCAGCAGAAAUGCACAAGAUUUACACAGUUUGCCCUGAACUUAAAAUAACCUGUCUCUUAAAUAACCCUUGCUUGGGGUAAGGAUUAUGCCUCUAACUCUGCAAGCAGGUACAAGCAAAGCAUUAACCUAAGAGAUACAACCAGAUAAUACUUUACACUAGUAGGACUUGUGUUAAGGAAGAAUUUCCCCUGACAGUGAGGUGCUUGCAUAACUAUAUUUGAGAUGUUCACAUGCAGCUGUAGUGUAAUUACAUUAAAGAAUAAAAAGGGCCUGAUUCAACUAUGA